CCUUGCAAAGCCCCUCAUUUUGGCAGAACUUACCAUGUCGACCAGCCGCAAAUUAAAGAGUCAUGGCAUGAGGAGGAGCAAGAGCCGAUCUCCUCACAAGGGAGUCAAGAGAGGUGGCAGCAAAAGGAAAUACCGUAAGGGCAACCUGAAAAGUAGGAAACGGGGUGAUGAUGGUGAGUGAGGAAUGGGGAGGAAACUGCCAAACUUAGGCACAUAAGUUUGCCUCUUGGAGGCAGCCCUCACAGGACCCUGAAAUCUUGGCCUGAGAUUAUUUCCAAUAACUAAAUGCAGAUUUGAGCAAUAAGAGUAUUGAUGGGAAUGUUCUAAUUGCGUCUCUGUUGCAAACCUGUCUUUUCCCACAGCCAAUCGCAAUUACCGCUCCCACUUGUGAGUCCUCAGCGGGCUCUGCCCUGGUGCACUUCACACAGCACCAGGCAGCAACAAGAACAGCAGAAGGGGGACUGCAAAGGAGAACUGAUGUUAGAUCAAAGCCAGAGAGGAGCCUAUGGAAUGUGGAUCAAAUGCCAGUUGCGACGAAAUGAGGAAUGUAUAUGUUGGCUGUUUCUCCCCAACAUCUCAAUAAAACUUUGAAGCAGAAA